GGCUGUUAAAAGAAAAAAAAAAAAGAACGAAAGCGUAGAAGAACAGUACUACUAGUAUAGUAGUUUAGACUAUAGACAAAAAACACAUUCAAGUGGGUAUGUAGAAGCAUAGGCCACCGAAGGCUUAGAAGAAGAAGAAGAAGAAAAUACAGACCCAAAUACACAGCUCCCCCUUUGCUUGCUCGCUUUCUUUCUGGGUCACUUGCUCUUCUCCCACUGUUGAGAGACACAAACCGGAUAAACACAGAAGGUAUGAUGAUGGGUAUUGGAUCCUUGGGCUAUGGAGGGCCUUCAUCAUCGUCUUCAUCAUCAUCUUCCAAUUUGUCUGCUUCAGCCCCACCUUUUACAGUUGAUCGGUUCAAUUUGAAACCAUCUGGCUCUAAUUCCUCUAUGCAAUUCCCUGAAUUCCCUGCCUAUGGUUCUCCCUUUGGACCGGCUUGGCAGCCGUAUACAAACCCUCGACCAGAUAAUACUAUCUAUCCAAAGUCUGAGUUGGAGAUUGAUUCUUCCACCAGGACCACCUCUGUGCCUUUACCUGAUGACUAUGGGUUUCAGUAUUCAAUGUCUAAGCCUAAUGAUCCUGCUUCUCAGGCCUUUACUUGGUCUUCUACAAGCCCUGGCCCUAAAACUUUUUCCAGCACUUUGGUGGAUUCAUUUUACAACCAGUAUGCUCCUCCCAUGGCGGAUCAUGAUUCUUCUCCUUCAUUGGGUAUUAGUGAGCACAAUUAUGACCUGCUGGUGCCUUCCUCAGGUCUUGUAUCUACUGCUGAUCUGUCAUCGCAGGUGGAUUAUACUCAUGGUCUUGAGUAUGGAACACAGUUGCAUGGUGUUUGGAAUAGGACACUUGAUGGUAAGAUGAAUGAACCUGCGGGAAUCAGUGGUUGUUCCUUUCUGGAUGACACACCAGCUCUUGCUCUUAGCACUUAUGAGAAGCAAAUGAUUCAAGGUAGUGGGCAGUUUCCUGAUAUUACUGCAAGAGUUAGCAGUAAUGGUUUGAUGGGGAUGGAACGCAAGGAUAACGUGUCGCAACCAGUUGGUCAGAGUGUUUUCUCUUUUCCUUUUAACUCCACCAGGACUACUGCAAUUUCGGGUUCCAGUUCUACCACUGUUCCAGUCUCAUCUCCAAAUCUGUCCCCUGGUGCUCAUAGUUAUAUGUUUGUAACAAAACCUCCUCCUGCUUUGGUCAUUCGUCCCCCGCCUUCUGGGAAAAAGACUUUCUCCGCAAAAACUCUCAGUGCUGCAAAUGUUGCGGCUUUUCAACCUAGUGACGAACUUGGGAGCAGUUGUCAUUUAAAAGGAAAAGACCCUCAGGUUCUGCUUGAUCCAGAAGUUGGAGAAGUUUCUUUGUUUACCAGCGAAGUCAAGGGUCAGAAAGAUGGUAAUAACAGCCAGCUAUUUUCUGCGUCAUCUGUUAUGGGAGAAGUAUCAAGCAAGUCCAAGAGUACAAAUGAUUCAAAAGUAAACUUUGAGUCACCAGUCCGAUAUAUUAAUGCCAGUGGGAGUGCCUCUUUGCUCUCUGCUGCGGAUAACUUACAAUCUGUUAAGACUUUUGAUAUUGGCCCUGAUUGUUUUGAUUUUGAUCAUUACAAUUUUGCUGUGGACUCUCCUUGCUGGAAAGGGGCCCCGGCUUCAAACUUUUCUCCAUUUGGUGCUCCAGAAGUUGAAACUGCACAUCAGUUUGGAUCAAAAACGGGAAAUUCUCGUCAGACGGAUCUUCAUGUUGAUCAUAUUUUUCCUCCCCCAAAUGACGCAAUUAGAUGCUCUUCUGUACAAGCCAGUGAAGAAAAAGUGCUUGAACAAAACAAUGGAGAAGAAGUUGUAUCAGUUCCUGGAAAUUUAUCAGAGGUGGAUUGCUCAGUUGAUAAGGCAAAAGAAACAUUGAAAGGUACAAACCAGAUAAGCAAUAGGGGAGUCCAGUUAUCGGACGAGAUGGAUGCACCUAGAGAAGAUUAUAAGCUGCCAACGCAUCCGAAGAACAAGGAGGAGUCAAAAUCUUCUGACAAAAAGCAACUUGGAGUUGAAGAGGAUAAUACUACCGCCACAUUGGACCUAAGUAGUCGGGCUAUUGGACCUAACUCUGUCUUGAGUGAUACUACAGCAGGGGCUAUUGCUGUCCGUGCUGCAGAAAAUGUUCUAUGUUCACCUUCUUCCGAAGAAGGUGGCCCGGAAUUGGUGAAAGCAAGUGGAGGUCAAUUAUUCCCCACUAUGGACGUUCAAUCCUUGAUUAAAGUAUUACAAAACGUUUCAGACUUGCUUUGGUUUAGUUUCACAGACUCAUGUGGUCUCAAAGAUCUGGAUAUUGAGGCCAUUAAGCAUGUAAUUAAUAAUCUCGAGAGACUGGCUUCUAAGAAAACUGAGUAUUUAACGGAAUCAAAACAGGUACAGCUUUGCCGGAGAGAUACUUGUGAUAAAGUUGGAGACUCACUGAAUCAGCGUAUGAGCUGCACUGCAAACAAAUACCAACCUGAGAAUGAUGUGGUUAGAAAAUCGCUCAACUGCCUCAGCAGCGACAACCAAAUGAUAAACAAGUAUGUUUCCCUUGGAAAGGAUGGGAUUUUUCAGCCUUUUAAUACUCCAAUGGAUGAUUUAGAUUCUCUUGGAGAUGAUAGUAUGGCUCAGGCAAUAAAGAAAGUCCUCGAGGAAAACUUUCUUUCUGGGGAGGAAAUGGAAUCACAACAAGCUCUUUUGUUUAAGAGUUUGUGGCUCGAGGCAGAAGCCAAAUUAUGUUCCAUCAGUUACCGAGUCCGUUUUGAAAGAAUGAAGAUGGAGUUGCAGAAAUUUAAGUCCAAUAAUGGAAAAGGUAAAACAUUUCCACACUUACAUUUUUCUAAAAUUGUUGUCUCGCCUGAUUUUAGUUUAUUCAUUAUCUUUUUUUUGGUUCUACUUUUAAAAUGUUUAAGAAGGCACAGAUAGGUCGGAUAAAACAUCAGGUCCUGCUAGGUCAGGGGUUGAUCUGAAUGUUUCUGUUGCGCCUCCAUCAUCUAAGGCCACAAGUGACUCGAAUCUGGAAUCCAAAAUCUGGAGCCUACCUAAAUCAAACUCAAACAGCAACACUAAUGCUGUUCCAGCCUCCAUUAUGACCAAGUUUGAUGCUUUGAAACAGCGUGGAGACUCAAGAAGUACACAAUUUGUCGGUGAAGAAUCUGCAGAUAACGCCACUGAUGAUUUCGCUCCUGCCAAGUCACAGUCUCUUCAAGACGAAGCACAAGAUAGAAAACCUAAUUUGGCCGUAGAACCCAAGUUAGGUUUAAGCUCGACUUGCAAUACUGAUGAUGUGGAUGCCUCAGUUAUGACCAGAUUCCACAUCUUGAAAAGCAGGGACAAUCCAAAAACCACAGCAUUCCUGAGAGGCCAGCCUGAGGGUUUGAGAUCGAGCGUGCCUGGUGAAACUCGUUCUCAGACAACAGGAGAUGUCAACGAAAAACAUUUUGGCAGCCCGCAUGUUGGAAGCAGUCCCAGGUAUGAGCUGGUUAAAAAUUUAUUUCCCUCUUUUAUGACCAAUGGUGAUGAUGAUCGAAUAAAGCAGUCUAAUUUUCUCAUAACGGAUUUACCAUCUAGAAACCAGUGUUCAAUAGGGUCCAGUGACACAUGCUCGUCGGAUUGGGAACAUAUACUAAAAGAGGAUGAUAUACCAUGGCGUUGAGGCUGGGGGACGAUGAAUCACCACUGUUGACGAGAGAGAGUGAGAGAGGGGGUAGCUUCAGGAAAAUGCAUGGCUUUUCUUGUAUGGCUUUCUGCCCUGUGAGAAAGCCUUUUGAGAAGUUCAAAAGUGAUGAUUAUGUAGGUAUGCAGACUGGAAUGUCAAAUCAACUCUUAAAAAACUGGUCUUCAGACUUGUACAAAACAUGGUUCCUUUCUAUUUUGGUUAAAUCAUGAUUCCCCAAUGUAUAUUCUGUUGGAUUAUUUGAUUAUUUCUUGAAUUUUGGCUUGUCAUCCUAGAUUUAAAAAGUUUUAAUUUUUAUGUAGUAGCGUUCCAAAGGCAUUUGUGAAAUCUAUGACCGUAAGAGGAAGCCUCGCCAAAAUUUACAGCGAGU